UUCGCUGGGAGUCCAAUGACUCCAGAGCGGAGGUUCCAAGGCAUCUCCUCGCCUGCCCUCUCCUAUGAUUUUCCUUUCUUUCCCAUGCGCCCCUCCCCCAGUCUUUUCCUCCCCCUUUCCGCCCUCGACUCCUCCCCCCUCCGUUCUGCGGGGGUUCGCGCAGGCGCUCUGGAGUUGCUGAGUCAAUCUCAGGCGGGCGGACGGGGGGCGGAGGCGAGGAACGUGCCCGGAUUGCGUCUGCGCAGUACGCAGCUCUGGGUGCGCCGGGGUUUAAGCCGCGGCAGAUCAGCAGAUUCCCCGCAUUGCAGAUCGGCGGUGUCCGCGGGAGACAUGUUGUGUGCUCUGCUCCUCUUGCCCAGCCUUCUGGGCGCGGCUCUGGCUGGCUCUGUGUUCCAAAAGGAAGACUGUGCAAAGGGUCCCGGGGUCUGGUGCCGGGACCUGAAGACGGCCUCCGAGUGUGGAGCUGUCGAGCACUGCCGGCAGGCCAUCUGGAGCAAGCCCACGGUGAAAUCCAUCCCCUGUGAGGCCUGUAAGAAGGUGGUCACCAUAAUUGAGAACUUUCUGAAACAGAAUGGCACCGAGGCUGAAAUUGAGAGUUACCUGGAGAAGGAGUGCGAGAUGCUUCCUGAAGCCGACUGGGUGUCUAAGUGCAAGGAGAUCAUGGAGUCCUACCUCCCGGUUAUCAUCAACGCCCUCGAAGGGGAGAUGAGCAACCCCCAGGAGGUGUGCAGCGCGCUCAUGUUUUGCCGGUCCCUUCAGAAGCACUUGUCUGCUCUGAACACGCGGCGGCCGGAAGUGGAGUCCAACAUGAUCCCCGAGGCGGAGCUGCCCCGACUGAUGCCUCCCUUCAUGGCCAACGUCCCUCUCCUCCUCUACCCUCAGGGAGAGACCCAGAAAAAGCCGUCUCUGCCAAAGACCGGAGAUGACGUGUGCCAGGACUGUGUGAAGAUGGUGACGGACGUUCAGAACGCCAUCAAGGCCAACGCCUCCUUCGUAGACUCUCUGGUGGAUCAUCUCAAGGAGGAGUGUGAUCGCCUCGGACCCGGCAUGUCGGACAUGUGCAAGACCUACAUCAGCCAAUAUUCCGAAGUUGCCAUCCAGAUGAUGAUGCACAUGGAUCAGCAACCCAGGGACAUCUGUGAAUAUGCUGGGUUCUGUGCAGAGAAGGAGGUACCUCUGCAGGCCCUGGUCCCGGCUCUCGCGGCCAGCACCAAAGUCAUUUCUGCCCUGGAGCUGGUGGAGCCCGUCAAGAAGAACCUGGUCCCGGUGAAGGCCGGUCCCACUUGUGAGCUGUGUCAGUAUGUUGUCAAGGAGGUCAUCAAACUGCUGGAGGGCAACAAGACCAAGGAGGAUAUGGUCCACGCCGUGGAGAAAGUGUGCUCCGUGAUCCCCAAGUCCAUGGAGCAGGAGUGCCGGGACCUGGUGGAGUCUUACGGGCCGGCCAUUGUGGACCUGCUCCUGGACGAGACCAGCCCCCACCUGGUCUGCAGCUUGCUCAGCCUUUGCAAUAACAAAAAGUCAGUUAAUGUGGCCCGGCUCCGCAGCGGCGUCUUCUGUGACAUGUGCAAAAAGAUCGACGGCUACUUGGACAAGAACCUGGACAAGAACAGCACGCAGGCCAUGAUUCUCUCCGCCUUCGAGAAGGCCUGCAGCCUGCUGCCAGGGGUCUACAAGGAUCAGUGUGAUGAGUUUGUGGAGGAGUACGAGCCUGUCCUGAUAGCGGCCCUACACGACGAGAUGGACCCUAACUCUCUGUGUCUGAAAAUUGGAGCUUGCCCCAAAGCUCCUCCUAAGCCUCUGCUGGGAACUGAGCAGUGUGUGUGGGGCCCCAGCUACUGGUGUAAGAACAUGGAGACGGCAGCUCAGUGCAACGCUGUCGAGCACUGCAAGCGCCAUGUGUGGAAUUAGAGGAGCCCUUCUCUCUCUCUUGGGGAAAUUGCAACUUCUUUCCUGUUUGUCUCUAGGGGAAGGGAACAUAGAAAUCUGAUGGUUUUUUCUGUUUGUAAAUGAGCCCCGUGUCAUCUUUCUCCAUCCCAAACCUCUUUGCUCUAUUUGUCCGUCAUUGCCCCGGCUCUGAGAAGCCACGCUCCCUCCCCUUCCCCGCUGGAACGUGGCCCGGAGGCGGCUGGGAAGAGGGAAGGAGCAGGCAGCCGAGUCCUCCCCCCUCCGGGCUUAGAAUCGUCCUGCCCUGUCCUAGGUCGGUCCCCUUAGCUGCUGCCAUGUGACAGCCCCAGCCCCCGUGGGAGGAGCCGCUCUGGGCUCUGCUUUGUCCAGCUCUCCGGUCUCUCUGAACCCCGUCUGCAGGCUCUGGCUUCUCUGCUUCCAAGCAUUGGCUUUUUGGGGGAGAUUUGAGGAAAUGGGCUGGGGCCCUACCUGGGUCUGUCCGGGCGGGCUGGGCCGGGGGAAGGAGGAGGGGUUUGAGGGUGGGGGGCAUUCCAUGACUGCGCUGGGGGGGGCCCUGCAUGGUCCAAGGUCAGGGAGCCCAGAAAGGGUUAGUUCUGGGGGGGGACGGUGGCUUCUGUCGUGGCCUAUCUUACUUAGUGCAGCUCUAGCAGAGCCCUUCUUAGUGUGAUUUCUUAAUUAUUAUGGUUUUAAAAUUAAUACGGGUGACAAGAUCCUGCUUUUCUCGCUUCCUAGUAGAAACGUGGCUGACCCACCCGAGUGUAAGUUUCUCCCUGGUUACCAAAUGUAGGCUGGGCCUCAGUUUCCCUGUGUGAUAGCAGCCGCUCUGCCCUGGGUGUUCAGAGGCGAGACCUGGGGUUGCUGUGGAGUGGACUGAAUGUUGAUUUUUUUUUUUUUUUUAAAUUUUGUUCUGGUUUUGCCUUAAAGCUUUCUGUAAUUAACAAUAAAAGUUCCAGUAAACUAAAGUUGUUGGAAUCA